AUGUCAGUGGUUCCAGAAUUACCUGGGUUUUACUAUGACAAUGACAGAAAGAGAUAUUUUCGUAUUAUAAACACCGGUCAAGCUACAAGCCAGGGUUCCAGCGAUUAUAGCAUAUCGGCGGUGGCCGAAGUGAGAAGAAGACGAAAGAAGAGAAAUGUCGACCAAAAUGGAACAACCAGUCGGUCUGGUCAUUCUUCACAAUAUGGACCUGGAAAUGGACUUGGUGUACACACAUGCUGUUCAAAUACCUCGAACAGACAAGGCAGUCUGAUGUCCAGUCUGUAUCCAUAUCCACAUGGUAGUGGGAGCAGCAUAAAGCGAUACAUGCUAGCAAGCUCUGUCAACCCACGAAUCAACCGCACAGCCCAUAGUACAAUGUUGAUAUCAGCCAUGUCCCAACAAGCACAUUGGAGUCUUGAAAUGGCUUCGACUAGCGAUAAUCUUGCAUGUAUCUCAUGGAGCCAGAAAGAGCAGGUUCUCGUUCUUGGCACCAAAGAAGGACAGUGUUCAGCAGUCUCAGGAGAAGAAAUGGUGACAGACACGACAUCGCUGAUCGUGAGGCCGUCUAAUAGUAAUUCGACGUAUUUAUUGGGAAGUUUCAACUCGGAAGUCACUUCGUUGUCACUAUCAGGAGACAGUAUGGUGACUACAAGUUUAGGAGGACCAGGAAUGAGUGGACAUCUAGGUUGUACAAUAAUGAAACCAAACGAUGCUAGUAGCUAUAUACAGUUCAAAUUACCGGAACGAAAAAGUGCAUUUUGCUCUGCUGUUCGUGAAGACCCUUCUGGUCCCUACACCCGUCUUGCAGUGGGUGCUGAUACCUGUGCUUUUUGUAUUCAUCCAUAUGUCAGUGGGGCAUUUAAAGAGCGGUUUGAUACAGGAUCCGAUGUGCUGGCUGUAGAAUAUGUCGAUGAAUCACCCAGUUCUGCAAACAGCUACUUACUACUUGCCGGGUGCAGAAGUGGUAGUCUCAACCUAUUAGACCCACGACUCCCGUCUCGGCACCUGACUCCCACCAAACCGGUCACACAAGCGUUUCAUCCCAGUGCUGUGACUCAUGUAAAGUCUCUGAAUGACUCACGAUACUUGCUUGUGAGCGGCCUCGAAGACACCUUGGCCCUGUAUGAUCUUCGAUAUGUCAAACCAGGGGCUGGACCCUCUAACAGGACCCGAUCACCCUAUCUCAAGAACCUUGGGGCCCCAAGCAAGCCAGUACUCACGUAUAAUGGCUACACAAAUCUACACACUUCACGCCACGGGUUCGCAGUUGACAGCGCUUGCAAAAACUUCGCUGUUGCCUCGGACGACGGCAAAGUCUUCAUUUACAAUAUCUGGACAGGAGACAAUAUCACCAGCAGGCCCCUCCGAAAGUACCCAUUCUUCCCCUCUGCAGUAACAUGCUUAGAAUGGGCACCCUCCGGUGGACUUUUUGCUGGAUACGGAACCUGUCUACAGUACUGGUCCUGGGCGCCUUUAACCGACCAGCUGGCCUAA